CUGCGGCCAGCUGAUUACCAGGGUUACUUUGGUAUUUUGGUAUUUUUUUCGACGUGCCUUUUGUGCUGCGAGUUUGGUACAUUUUGUGUGCUUGCUUUUUCCCCCGUUUAAAAAUAUAAAAACAAAUUGCUUUAAAUUAAAAUAAACCGUGUCUGUAUACUCAAGCAAGUGCAGUUAAGUCGAUAAAAGUGAACGACAGGCAAAAAAAAAAAUGGACCGCACUUCGUCGCCGUUGCUGGUUGCGCAAAUGGCACAACAGCAGGCGCAGCUGGGUCACGUGUCGCUGCCCACACAUCCGCAGCCGCCGCAGCAUGUGCCCAAAGGACGUGGACGUCCUCGUGCCUCCUAUGCGCAGACAGGGGAGUUUGAUUUGGGACUCAUACGCGAGUUUCGCGGCAGGCCAGCGCUGUAUGAUCGAGCCAACAAACGCUUUAAGGAUAAAAUGCAUGGGGCACAGCUGUGGAUGCAAAUCUCACACAAAUUGGGCUACGAUGUCUCGUUGCUGCGGGAGCGCAUGAUUACGCUGCGGAAUCGCUACAACAUUGAGAAGCGACGUGUGGAGAAUAGCGGCAUUGCCAUCUCGCAGUGGCCGCUGUACGAUAAUCUCAGCUUUCUGUCGGAGCACAUACGCAGCCGACGCACCUACAAGCCGCAGUCGCGUGAGGGCGAUGACGACGAGGAGCCCUAUGAUGUGGACAACGAGAGUCAAAGCAAUGGUCACAUGAAGAGCAUUAAGCAUGAGUUCGAUCCGGACUUUGAUGAGGAUGAUAUGGAUUGCGAUCAGCCACUGCCAGUAACUACGCUGCUAACCAUUCCACGUAACCUGGAUAUGGCCAAUCAUCAACAUAACUGCAACGGCAGCGAGCUAGUCAAUGGCAAGAGUCAUCCUACGAGCAUGUUGAGCACGUCUUUGGGCUGUCGCCAGCCCGAAUUGCUGGUGGCCAAACAGAAGCGUAUGCUGCCAAGGCUAGAGGAGGAUCCGCCGGCAGCCAAGCGCACUGCUGUUGCUACAACAACAACAUUAGCCGAGGCCACAAACACGUAUCCAAAGUUUCGCGCCUUUGGCGAAUUCGUUUCACAUUCGUUAAACGAAUUACCGCAUGCAAUGUCCAUGCGUUUAGUUGAAAAGUUUACACGCGAGCUAGUGCAGGCGGCCAUUGCCAGUGAGCAGCAGCAAAAGCAGCAGCAGCAACAACAACAACACCAGCAGCAGCAGCAGCAACUAGAUAAACAACAACAGCAGCAGCAGCUACUGGAUAAAGAACAACAACAACAGCAGCAGCAGCGAGACUCCAUAGAGCGCAGCAGCUUGGAUGAGCUGGACGAUUAACUAGACUAUAGACUUUAAGAUAAUCCAAUUUUCAAACCUACACACACAUACAUACACACACAUACGUACAUGCAAACUUGUAUGCACCUAUACUCUAACUUACCUUUUCUACGAUAUGAGGCUCUUGCAGCAAUUAUCUUAUGUUUGUGUAUGUAUAAAAUUAGAAAAGCAAAUUGCCAAAAACUAAUAAAACCAACA